AUGGCCAAUGACACGACUUUGGCCGGACUGGGAAGGCCGACAGCACCAGCAGCGGACUAUACUGUGGCACACAAGACCUUCGAAAUCACACAAUGGCCACAGCCUGGGUGGCGACAACUUGAUCCUGGCACUGGUGAUGAGGCUGGCACUACAGAGGGAGACUUUGAAGUUCAGUGGAAGGGCGAUUUUUUCUACGGGAAGAAUCUGGCGAUUGCCACCAACAACAACGAAUAUUUGGAUGGACUUGGGGCCGUGCCAGCAGCUAAGGACAUUGAGGCGGUCUGA